ACGGGGGCGGGGCCACGCCGGGGCGGGGCCGGCGCGCGCGGGAAGCUCCUGUGGUGGCCGCUCGGUGCUGGGCGGCCGCUGCGCGCCAUGGCCUUCUCGGUGCCCGGCUACUCGCCCAGUUUCAAAAAGCCGCCCGAGACCCUGCGGCUGCGGCGGAAGAGGGCCCGGAGCCUGGGGGCCGCGCUCUCCCCCGGGGGGCGGCCCGAGCCGGCGCCCCGCCGAGCCGCUCUGGCGGCCGGGCUGCCCCUGCGCCCCUAUCCGGCGGCGGGCAGAGGCGGCGGCCCGGGCGCGCCGGGCAGGAACCCCUUCGCCCGCCUGGACAACCGGCCGCGGGCCGCCGCGGAGCCUCAGGACGGGCCGCCCCGGGCGCCGAGCCCGUCCCCAGGCUCUCGCCGGGAGCAGGACCUGCUGCGGGAGGAGGAGCCGGAAGGAACGGCGCCCGCCGACUCCCUCCAGAUUUCACACAGAUCAUUCUCCGAAUCUGAUAAGCCUUCCCCAGAAAGUACAGAGUUACCUGUGGACUGGAGUAUUAAAACUCGACUCCUUUUCACCUCUUCUCAACCCUUUACCUGGGCAGAUCAUUUGAAAGCACAGGAAGAGGCUCAGGGCGUCGUCCAGCAUUGCAGAGCAACAGAAGUGACUCUGCCUCAAAGUAUACAGGACCCCAAGCUCUGCACUGAGCUGCGAUGUGCUUUCCAGCAGAGCCUGGUCUACUGGCUCCACCCCGCCUUUCCCUGGCUCUCCCUGUUCCCUCGGAUUGGAGCUGACCGGAAAAUGUCUGCAAAGACAAGCCCUUGGUCAAAUGAUGAAUCCCUACAACGCAUUUUAAUGAGUGACUGGUCCGUGAGCUUCACUUCUUUGUAUAAUCUUCUGAAGACAAAACUUUGCCCCUAUUUCUACGUUUGUACCUAUCAAUUUACUAUCCUGUUUCGUGCAUCAGGAUUAGCAGGAAAUGAUGUAAUCACGGCUCUCAUGUCUCCUACAACUAGAGGUAUAAGAGAAGCUAUGAAAAAUGAAGGUAUUGAAUUUUCUCUGCCUUUAGUAAAAGAAAGUGGCCAUGAGAAGAAGAAACCAUCUGGGACAAGCCUGGGACAUGGGGAGGAGCAAGCAAUCAGUGAUGAAGAUGAAGAAGAAAGUUUUUCCUGGCUGGAAGAGAUGGGUGUGCAAGAUAAAAUUAAAAAGCCAGACAUACUCUCUAUCAAGCUGCGUAAGGAGAAACAUGAAGUACAAAUGGAUCACAGACCUGAGUCUGUUGUGUUGGUGAAGGGAACAAACACCUUUACGUUGCUAAAUUUUUUGAUCAACUGUAAGAGCUUAAUGGCUACUUCCGGCCCACAGGCAGGACUUCCACCAACUCUCUUAUCCCCGAUAGCUUUCCGAGGUGCCACCAUGCAAAUGCUUAAGGCACGAAGUGUAAAUGUGAAGACACAGGUUGUUUCUGGAUACAAAGAUCAAUUCAGCUUGGAGAUCACAGGUCCUGUCAUGCCUCAUUCUCUACAUGCUAUGACCAUGCUACUCGGAUCUUCACAGAGUGGGUCAUUUUCUGCAGGACUGUAUACACACGAGCCAACCGCUGUGUUCAACAUCUGCCCACCAGUGGACAAAGUCCUGGGAAAGGAGACUGUUCGUGAGGAGCUUGCUAACUGUGGGUUGCACCCUAAGACUCUGGACCAACUUAGCCAAACACCAGUACUGGGGAAAUCAUCCUUACGGAAUGUGGAAAUGAGUGACUACCUUUAUAAUUGGAGAUCCUGAACGCCAAACUUUUUAAUUACACGCUGGGGAGAAGCAUGCCAAUGAUUGUGUGACAGACAUUAAGUCCAACAAGGUGCUCUGAUGGAAGGAGGCGGCUGUGGAGGUAAAACAUACCCCUGGUUCAGUUCCUUAUUUGGUGCAGGCCAUGCAGUGUGAUGUAUUGAGAGAAAAGUUAGCUGAUGCUUGGAUAUCAACUGCCUUGUUGCUACACACCUAGAAUGGCUUUUACUUACUUUCAGGUUCAUCGGCCCCUCUUUUCCAGGAAACACUCCUAAAAAAAAGGGCAACUGUGCAGAGUACAUACAAAUACCCAAAUCACCCAGGUUCUCAAUUCUGUUUCCAUUCUGAUAUAUUCAUGUUUCUUUACCCCAGGGUGUAUAUAGUUAACAAAAAAGCUGAUUAAUGAGACUACCAUAGUAAACAGUAUUCAUCAGGUCAUGUCCAAAUGAUACCAUCUCAAAAAAAAUAAAGGUUGUUUUAAUAACAACUCUUAAAUGUAUACUUAAAAAUAAAUAAAACUCUCCUUUAUCUACUAAGAAUAUACUGAUUUACUGCAACAAAAUACAAAAGUGUAAGGGAAAUGCAGGCAUUCCGAGCGGCUUUUAACAAAGAGGGCGCUGAGCUGUAGCAAGGCAAGAAAAGCCAAAUGAGCAUUUGGAAACAUUUCCUAAACACAAAAGACAGUCUGCAGUAGAUAAGUGUUAGAUUUUCCUGUUGCCUAAUAACUUUUUCGCAUGUUCUACCUCAUUUUUAUGAAAUAAAACAUUCCUUUCUUGAUGUUAGUAGCAAAUAUUCUUUAAGUAACAUACAAAUAGUUUUCCUGAAAGCAUUGCUUUCUUCAGUUAUUUAAAAAUUUGGUCAAUGAACACAGCUUUAAGGCAUGAUAAUUUAUCAAAAUGACUUAAAUUGACAUGUUUAUUUAAAAAUCUGUCAACUGCCUACAAAACUGGGAAUUUUUUAAAAAUUCAGGGAACCAAUUGAAUCUAUAAAAGAUUCACUUUUUAUAAAUUAACACGACGUUUAGAUGUUUAGAAGCAUUAUAGAUCAGCACUUCCAUUAUACACAAAUAUUAGACUAAAUUUUACAAUGGAAUCAUAUUCAAAAGUUUCUAACUAGUAAUGUACACAACUAUUAUGUGCCUAAAACAUUCAUGUAAGUUUCAAGUCUCACUUCCUGAAAUAUGGAGUAGUUUUAAAGAAUUAAACUGUUAAAGAAAUAGGCGUACUUUUGUAAUUCUUCCCAAUGAAAUGAAAGCCAUUUUCCAAAUACUACACAAAUCACUUCACAUCUGAAAUGUAAUAGAAUUAGUCCAAAAUUAAUUAAAUCUUAGAUUGUCAUCUUUUCCCAAUGUUGAUAUUGGGAACGACAUAAGUUGUUACCCUAGUAAACGACAUAAGUUGUAACUUUUGAAUGAAUCUGUGUACUCAGUAUACACAUAUUAAGAGUGCUUAUUCCCCCCAAUGGCAGGCAAAGUGAAACUAUGUUUUAUAUUAAUUUGUUAAUAAGAGGAUCACCAGAGAUAAUGCAAUCAAAAUUGAAAUGUUAUGAGAUUAAAAGUUCCAAACAACCAAAAUCUCAUUUUCUCAGAAAUGAGCUCAUUCACUGGCACUCAUGGCGAUUUUCCACAGGCACCUGUCAUAUUACCACCCUGAGGGCAGGAAUAAGGCCUUGUCUUCCUUCAUGUGACACUUGUAGACUGAAUUCCAUGUAAUUACUUGCCCAUGAUCACAAAAGGAGUCAGGAGUACAGCAGGAUAAAGAAACCUUCCCUAUCCAUUAGACCGCGCAGCCUCCCAGUGUCAGCGCCGCUAUGCUGCCCGUACUCCUGAAAUAAACCACCACCACCCCCAUCCAAGCAAGCCACAUCCUUCCCCAGCACACAUUUCUCCAGAAAGCCCUUCGUAACCACCUAAGACUCCCCCAACAAUGAGGCAGCCGUAGGUGGGGUUCACAGGUCUCCUUGCAGGAAUCAAACCAGGAGCACCUCCAUCUUCACAGCACGAGGCAUCCGUCCUCUCCCUUGAAUUUAGGUCUCAUGUCCUGUUUUUUCCUUGAGAUCAGUGGUACUCAAAUUGAGCCUGUGGACCACCAAAGGCCACCAGGGCCCAAGUGGUGGUCCACAGAUAGUAUUCUCCAUCCCCACCCCAACCCCAUUCACCCUUCAGCAAUGCCCACCCCACACUCCAGCCAUCCUCCCCGAGCCUUCCAGUC